CGGUCAUGCGUCGGUGAAACAUAUCUCAGACGAAUGAAGAAAAACAAGAAUCAGUGAAUUAUGAAUUUCAUUUUAUGUCGAAUCGUUUAGUUUUGUUUAAUUUUUGUUGAUUAUUGUUUGUUUAAAAAGAAAAAAAAUAUUUGUUGCAUAUUUUAAACAUUCAACCGAUUGUAUAUUUAUCCGUUUUGAUUGAAGUUUAUUGUUUUUGUGUUCUUGUAUUUGCACAAUGGCGCCCGACAUUGAACGGUCUGUAAAAAAUUCACCGAAAUCCAAGUUGCUGACAAUGGAUGUUAGAGAAUUGACGCUGCUUUUAAAGUCGAUUGGAUUUCGUUUAGAAUCAAUUGAUUACGAUGAUGCUCGUUGUUGGCAUAAAAAAUCAAAUGAAAAUGGGACUGCAUCAUCGGCAACAGCAAAUUCCGUUCGUACCGAUGGUAAUGCAUCGACUGCUUCUAUUGCUGCAACUGACCAGCAGCACUACAUCAAUGUGGAAAUUUCAUGCAGUAAAUCGAAAAUCGUAUCGAAUUUAUCGUUGCGAUUCAAUGAUUGUGAAACAACAACAGCUGCUUCAUCGACAACCACAACGCCAACAACAGCCGUCGACACACAAGCACAUACAACUCAAGCGCCCGAUUCACCAUCGAGAAUGAUUGCAUGCUCAUGUCCAAAACGUGAAGCAAACGAUGAGCAAAAUUCAUUUUGGGAAGUUCAGAGCAGCGGCUCAUUUGUCAACCAAAGACGUUCCAUAACUUCAUUGAUUAAUCCCGAUUCGCAAAUUGAUCACGAUGCAUCGUCAAAUUUGCUACCGAUGUUGUCAACGAAAUCAAUUGCGCUAACAAAUGUUUUGACACAAGUGCUAUUGAAUCAAUAUAAGAAUAACACACAAGCACUCGAUACAAAUGAUGCUGCAAUGGAUGUGGAUAUGAAAAGCAUUCUGCGAACUAUCGAGAACACAAACAUCUCAUCGGUUUUGGCUAAUGAAAAGGGUGGUAAUGCUGGCAACGACAAUGUUGGCAACGGCAGCGGUGAUAUAAACGUUGAUGAUUUGAAUUUAAUUACGCCGAUGAGUUCGAUGAAUGUAACUCCAACUGAAUCAGCGGCUUUAAACAACGAUACCGUACCAAAAGUGACUGUCUCAGACCAAACAACAGCAUUAAAUGAAACUGUAAACACAGAAGCAUUUGGCAGUCCAAAGAGCCCAUUCACAUCGAGUCCGCACAGCAGCGAAAAUAUCUCCCUGUCAUUUGAGCGUGAGGCUAACGUUGUCGAUCACUUGAUGAAAGCACGUCAAUCCAUCGAUCACGCAUUGUUGUCAAUGAAAUCAAACAUCACCAAAAACUUGACACAUGAUAUUACAGCAGCUGAAAAUGGUAUGAUGUCGGUGAAAAAAGCAUCAUUGUCGAGUGAUGGCAUUCGCAAGCGUACUAUUAGUCAACCACAAGUGUCCCGAAUGUUAAAUAGUCGAAAUACAUUGCAAGUCACUGCUAACGCACGUCCAGAAGUAUUAAAUCGUCGUGCAAGCAUUGGUGUUAGCCGUUUGUCCACAAAAACCGUCGCAUCACCUGCAGUGUCACGAUUAAAUAGUAGUGCCAUGCCCCGUACGACGGCAACACCAGUUGGUGGUGCAGCGGCACUAUCAAAAGUUGCAUUGGUUCGUAAAACAGCGUCAAUUAGUAGCCGUAUUAGUAGCAUGGCUGCAUCAGCCAAAACAACACUUUUAUCGGCAACGCCGACAACGACCCCAUCAACAUCAGUAAAACGCCCAGCGCUAGUUUCACGUCGAACCAUAACUACGGCCAAAGUUACAAGUGGUACUCCGUCGAUUGCAACCGGAACGGCUCCACGCAAAACAAUCACUGCAUCCAAAUUAGCUGUACCAUCGAAAAUCGCCAAUAAGUGAAGAAAAAAUACACUUGGCAUAUAUGACUAUUACAUGUAUUUAUACUUAUUUUUUUAUUGUAUUUUGUUUCUAACCAUUUAUUUAUUGUCAUCAUUUAUUGAAAUUGUGUCAAGUUCUUUAUUUCGAACCAAAAAUUUAAACGAAAUAUUCAUAUUUGCUCUAAAUUAAUUCUCAAUUUUCUAAAAAAAAAACACAAACACACAAAUCUAUAUUUAUUUGCAUGGGGCG